AUGUUGAUCGGCAGCGGUACCGGCAAUUUCGGGAAUUUUGGCGUGGACCAUCCGGGCGGCGGACCCGUCAUCGGCGGUCUGCAGCACCCGGCGUCUCCGCACCACCCGGGCUCCGGGACCCAACAGCAGCAGCAGCAGCAAUCCCAGCAGCAGCAGCAGCAGCAACAGCAGCUGCAGCAGUCUCAACAGCAGCUCUCGCCCGGCAGCUCGUCGUCCGUCGGCGGCUUGAGCAUAGGCGGCGGCGGAGCCGGCACGGGCAUGACGCCGAUCCUGCCGUCGUUCGGGUUCACCCAGGAACAGGUGGCGUGCGUGUGCGAGGUGCUCCAACAGUCCGGCAACAUCGAACGGCUGGGCCGGUUCCUGUGGUCGUUGCCCAGCUGCGACAAGCUGCACAAGCACGAGAGCGUGCUGAAAGCCAAGGCGAUCGUGGCGUUUCACCGGGGCAACUUCAAGGAACUGUACCGGUUGCUGGAGAGCAACCAGUUCUCCGCGCACAACCAUCCCAAGCUGCAGGCGCUGUGGCUCAAGGCGCACUACGUGGAGGCGGAGAAACUGCGCGGCCGUCCGCUGGGCGCCGUCGGCAAGUACCGGGUCCGGCGCAAGUUCCCGUUGCCGCGGACCAUAUGGGACGGCGAGGAGACCAGCUAUUGUUUCAAGGAAAAGUCGCGGAUGGUGUUGCGCGAAUGGUACUCCAGUAACCCGUACCCGAGCCCGCGCGAGAAGAGGGAGCUGGCCGAGGCCACGGGGCUGACCACCACGCAGGUGUCCAACUGGUUCAAAAACCGCAGGCAGCGGGACCGGGCGGCCGAACAGAAGGACGGGUAA